AUGAAUAUGGACAAUUGUGUACAUGUACAAUGCUUAUUAGAUGUUCAGAGUGAGUCUAUUAAGCUCUCAAAAGCUGCAUUCAAGUCAUAUUGUGGUAAAUUAUCACUCGCUGAUGAUUUGACCAUUGAAAACCAAGGUGAAGAAUAUGCUAAGGCACAAGUCAAUGUUCUCGCCUCUAAAACUGAAGCUAGCAUGUCUAGUACCGGUUUUGUCAUUCCUCCUCAAUCAACGAUCGAUUCUGAUGGGAAACCACACAAGGUCACAAUUGGUGUUCUAGAUCUUACUUCAACAUUCAUAUAUACGGUUGUGCCAAAAAUGUCACUUCAUGCGUAUCUCAAAGCGUCAACAGUGAAUACUUCCGAUAAGCCACUUCUUGCUGGAUCCGUAUCUGUAUAG